AUGAGUCACCCCGCCCAAAUACAACAAACAACUGAAAACAUCCACACCAUGUUCCCAGGCUCUGAUAACGUGGAAAGCAUGUCCAAUGAAACUCUGCUCGAUUCUUAUCGGUCGCUGGAUCCCUCUCCUACCUCGCUGGAGGACUACAAUCGCUCCAUGCUACAAUACACCCAGCGCCAAAUGUCUUCCUUCGUUGACACAGAUGACUCCCGUCGCGAUAGUCAAAGCAGCGGCAAGAGUGGUCGUAGCAUCGCUUCUAGCGGCAGUAAUAUAUCCCGACAGACCAAUGAAUCUUUCACGCCCGUCAGCAAUACCCCUCACAUUGCCGAGACUAAGUAA